AUGCCUGCAAUUAAAAGAAGAAAGCUCGAUGCGCCCACGAAUGCUGCGGGGCCUUAUGCACAGAAAUCCAAAGUUUCCAAGCACUCCGAACGACCUUCCAAAACCACCCCGAAGCCCGCCGAGCGCAAAGUCCCAGAACCCGCGCCUGAAUCGAGUGAAGAUGACGUGGUAGACGGUGAAGAGGAGGUAGACGAAGAGGAAGAGAGCACACCAGCCGAUGUAGGAGAAACUUCAAAAAAGACUUUUGCAGACCUCGGCGUACGAGAGGAGCUUUGCGAAGCCUGCGCCAACCUCAAAUUUACGCACCCGACGCCCAUUCAGGAACAAUCGAUACCGCUGGCACUUGAAGGACGCGAUGUAAUUGGGUUGGCGGAGACAGGAUCUGGAAAGACAGCCGCAUUUGUACUACCUAUCCUCCAGUCGCUCAUGGAGAAACCACAAGCUCUGUUCGGACUCGUGCUUGCGCCAACGCGAGAGCUGGCGUAUCAGAUCUCACAGCAGGUCGAGGCGCUUGGAAGCAUCAUUAAUGUCAAAUGUGCUACGCUCGUGGGCGGGAUGGACAUGGUCGCACAGGCUAUCGCGCUCAGUAAGCGGCCGCAUAUUGUGGUUGCCACGCCGGGACGAUUACUGGAUCAUCUGGAGAACACCAAGGGCUUCUCAUUGAAGCACUUGAAGUACCUAGUCAUGGAUGAGGCCGACCGGCUCCUCGAUCUCGAUUUUGGUCCCAUCCUCGAUAAAAUCCUAAAGGUACUUCCACGAGAGGGGCGCCAUACCUACCUCUUCUCGGCCACCAUGUCCACCAAAGUAGAGAACCUCCAGCGCGCCGCUCUCCAUAACCCCGUCCGCGUCAGCAUCUCUUCCAGCUCCCACCAAGUUGUAUCCACCCUGAUGCAGAGAUACAUCUUCCUCCCCCACAAACACAAAGACCUCUACUUAAUCCACAUUCUUAACGACGCUAUCGGCCACCCAACCAUCAUCUUCACGCGCACAGUGAACGAAACACAACGGAUAGCCAUCCUCCUCCGCACCCUCGGCUUCGGCGCCAUUCCCCUUCAUGGCCAGCUAAGCCAGUCAAGUCGUCUAGGUGCCCUUCAGAAGUUCAAGUCGAGAUCCCGCGAUAUCCUUGUUGCGACUGACGUCGCUGCCCGCGGUCUGGACAUUCCCUCUGUCGACCUUGUUAUCAAUCUUGAUCUACCGCCCGAUAGCAAGACCUACGUGCACCGCGUCGGGCGCACAGCCCGUGCUGGUAAGAGUGGUAAAGCCAUCUCUUUCGUCACGCAGUACGAUGUGGAGAUAUGGCUGCGGACGGAGACGGCGCUGGGGACGAAGAUCGAGGAGGAGGUUGUGCACAAGGACGAGGCUAUGGUGCUGGCUGAACGAGUGGGUGAAGCGCAGAGGGUAGCUGUCAAGGAGAUGAAGGAGAUUCACGACAAACGUGGGAGGCGAGGCGGUGCAGGUGGGUUCAAGGGAAAGAGGGGCAGAGACGGGAUGGACCAGGAGGAGGGUUAG